AUGAAUUACAACUUCGACGAUUAUUUCAAACUUGUGGAUGGUGUUGCCUCGUUGAACAAUAAUACAGCAGAAUACCUGGCUCACUUGUGGAUUUCAUCAUAUGAGGCGGAUCAGCAAAAAAGGUACAGCAAACCUAUGCCGUGGAUUGGGAUGUAUAUCGCAUUAGCAUCUCUGUUUUGCAUCUUUGCAAUGGUGGCUGAUUUAUUACAUGGUUUCGGGAAGAAAAAGCUCUGGUUUCCGUGUAAAUACUUCACUCUGAACGCUGCUUCUCUUACAGUGAUAGCUGUUGCAAUAAAGUUACCCAUGGAUCUAACUAAUCUAAUGCCAGGUUAUAUGGACCAGGUUACAAAGCUUGGAAGCUUGGGCUUUAUGUGCACUAUGAUGGCUAAUUUAUUGCCUUCUCUAGCAACCAUGAACAGCAAAGAACUUGUCUCAAACAUAAUAGCUUUGGCUGUUCUGGUGAUUACCUUGGUUGUGAAUAUUUGCAUUCAACUAAACACUGGAGUUCUCUUCUAUCAUGUAGUAGAUGAUGGUGCGUGGUAUAACCUUCAUGGUUAUGAAAAAAGUUUACCAUCCUACGUACCUGAAAGACACAACAGAUUUACAGCAGCCAUUUACGUGGGAAUAUCAACUGUUGAGAAUCUAAAGCGGCAUGUGAGUAAUUACUGGAUCAUGGCAGGAACUGGAAGCCCCCAAUUCAUGACAACUUGCUCUGCUACAACCUCUGCUUCAGCGGUAAUAUGUGCUUCAAGCGUUGUCUUACACAUUCUUCUUAUACUUUUUUAUGUUGAAGAUCUUCGGGACUAUAAGUCGGAUUAUAAGUGGUCAAUGCCAGUAAUUCUCAUUAUCCAAUUUUUCGGAAUCGUAGUGGGUACAAUUGCCCCACUUUCUAGAUGUUUUUCAGCCUUAAGCUUUAAGGUGUCGAUAAAAUGGAUUUGGAAUCGUCUCAAUGUGUUUAACGUAGAGAGCUAUUGGACUCGGAAGUUAUAUGAUUGGAAACAGAGUAGCCGCAAAUGCAAAAUUUUCAUGGAGAACCUCAAAACCCUAAUUCUCGAUAUUUGUAUAGGGUAUCAGAAGACAGUCGUGGUGGCAUGCAAGAUCAUAGCAGUGGCUCCAUUUUUCGUUGUGAUAUGUGUUGUGUAUUGUAUCCGCUAUUGGAAAUGGUUAAAAGCCCUGUUUAGCACUUCAUGUCUUGAUCUGAGAAAAAAGCCUAAGGAGCAUCUAAGAAUAGAUAAAGAUCUUAGUGGGUAUGUUUUGCAACUCCAAGACGACAUUGAGUUUGCUAAGAGAACAUUGAAAGGCAUGUUAAGAUCUGUGAACCACUUAAUCCAAAAGGCAGAAAAACUACAACCCAACAAUCUUAUGAAGCUAUUGGCACGAUCUGGAGGAUUUGAAGGAGUUGGAAAGUUUGAUAGCCAUCAUGUUCAGCAUUUACUUUCAGAAGAAUAUCUCAAUUGUUGGAGCUUGACAUUGAUAACUCUAACAACCAUCGCCAUAUCACUUCCUAACAUCCAAAACAACAUAGUAGUUUGCUUGGUAAGUGGUGUGAGUGAAGGUCUUGGAUAUGUCAUGCUUAUGGAAGAAAGUCUCAAUGCUACUGAUGAUCAUGUAAGCAUUCAACAGGCAGCUAAAACUUUGUGGGUAGAAGUUGAAGUCUACCACAAGUGGUUAGGAAACAAGCUGCCAAAACCUAAGCCUAAAGUGAAUACACCAGGACAGAUUCUUCAAUGGUUGAGAGAUACAGCUAAAAGAUUGGUUAUUGAGCUGGAAAGUACAAAUAUUCGAGGCCCAAACGAUAAUUCCAAAUACAGUUCUAUUUGUGCCAAUUCAAUGUAUCGUAUCACUGAAACAAUCCUGCUCUCCUAUCAGAACAUUGAAGAGGUUAGCCAAGAGGAACUAUUUGCACAGUUAUCAUCAAUGAUCGCUGACAUAUUGGCUGCAUGUCUCACCAACUUACCCCAAGUCAUAUUAAUGAAAUGCCACACAAGUGCCAUAGAAAAAAGAGAGGUGAAUGUGCAUGCUGCAGCCCAACUUCUGGGUGAGGCUACACAGAUAAUCAACUCCCUCCAAGAUCGUGAACUUCCAAACUUGAAUCCAGAUGAGUUGCCGUUUAUUGACAAGUGGCGUUCUUUCUUUAACGAUCCCUUUCCUUAG